CUGCCAGAAACCGACACAGAGGCUGGAACAAGAUGGCGGAUACAUCAGGCGAUAGCGGACGAGAGACGACGAAAUAAUUAUCAACGUUUAGCAGACACUGCGGACUAAAAUAUUUCAAGCCAUUUUGCGUGAGGCGUCUACAGACUGACGAGGACAGAUUUGAGGAAAGGAAGUUUGCAAGAAAAGGACGAAUAGAAAGGUGCAGGGUCAGUUAACUCCCUUUUCCAGAUGUCGCUGAGAGGGUAUGGUCUUCCAGAACACCUGGCCUUUUAUUUCCCCAACCCUAGGUCUUUCCCUGGAGCUGAGUGGAGAUCGAUUGUGUCGGCCUGGACGUGAAGGAAGCGGAGUUUGCACGCGCGAAAUCGAAUAAUCUUGCCAGCAGACCCCUGCUUCCAGGCCAGCUCCGUGCAAAAUCAGUUCAUGUUCCCUGCAGACUAGUGCUUCUUUAUUGAGUGUCAGGACCUGAAGAGCGUUAAUUCGUUCAUCCUGGUUUCAAAUCUUUACAGACUUGUUAAUAAAAAAAAACACACACAUGAAGGCACGCACACGCAUACACAUACACUAGCAACCGCCCGCGUGAGUGAGCUCGAAUUUUUAGAGACAAUCAGUUUUGGGUUUCAAGAGACCUGACCCUUCAGUGACUCUGCAGCACUGACAAAAAAGGAGAGCAUAUAAGUAUAGGCAGAAAGAAGUGCUUGACAUAAUCAGCACGCUCGUAACCAUGGAGAUGCCUAUUUCUCGCGCCGCCGCUUACUUGAAGCGGAACCGCACGACGCACUCGUGGGCUGGAGACUCGAACCUCAUGUCGCGCAGCUGUCCCAACACCCAAACUCUGCACGACCACAUGCUGCAGACACGGGCAGCUGGUGUCGACACCCGUUACAACCGCCUUUCCACCAACGUCGUCUACAGAUCGCCGCCCUCCUCCUGUUCGUCGUCGCCUGGGCGGUCGACUUCGUCAGAGAAGAGCAGCCGGGGGGACAAGAAAUCCCUAGAGAGGCCUUCCUCGUCAUACAGCUACGACGGCGGCUUCUUCAUCAGCGCCAACAACGCCUCCAAGGACUUCUUCGUCAUAGAUCCGGAAUGGGUCAGUGAGGACCAGACGGUCAAGAAGUUGGCCCCUACGGGAGAUGGCGGUAGCGGAGGGCGGUCCGCGGAGGGCGGUGGCGGCGGUGGCACAAGCAACACCAACAACAGUUGGCGACGUUCCUUUAUGUGGAGCAGCUACCGACGCAGCAAGUCGGCCCCGCCGCCGAAGUACCGCAACCCAAUCACGUGGAAAUACUGACUGGGGGAGAGAAGAAAAGAAAUAACAACAGAAACAAAUCGGUGCGAGUGUCGUCGACGACAUCUUAACAGAAAGACGACAGCAAGGCCUUCCAAGAAAGACAAGAGCUGGUCCUACACAUCCUGAGACUGUUCUGAGGGGGCGACACCGAUGCCGAAGUCACUGUGCUUGCUUGCAAAGGUGGUGCUGACAAUCGAGGCACGAAGAACAUCUGACCGGAGUGGACAAGAGCCCCACCUGCACGCAGCCCCACUCACUACCAACAAAAAGUGCGGUAACAUUCUCCGGCGUGACAGAAUCAAGGCCAGGGGGACAAAGGGAGGGAAUAGAAAUGAAUGAAAAAAAAAAAAUGCGGCUUCGAAUUACUUUGAGAUUGUGUGGUGUACCGCUAGGUCUAACUCUUCGGACGAGAUUGUAUGUGUUUUAACCUGGAACUGCUUUUGCUUGUUCGACUGGUUGUUGCUAAUGGUUACGCAGUUGAGUUUCUGACUGCUUUAUUUCCAGGCAGUGCAUGGAAAUCUGACAGGUUACUUCUAGUACUACUGCUAUUACAAUUUACAGAAAGUAACACCUGCACGUAGGCCCAAAGACAUCCACAUCACAUACAAACUCGGUUGAGCCACCGUGAGGUAAGGGUAGGUAGAAGUAUACUCUGUAAACUAGAAUUAAGCAUUUACAGUAUAGGCAGACCUUUAGAGAGAAUGAUUGUGUUGUUUUUGCCAUUAAGUGGCCAAAGGCGACGGUUAAUUGUAUAAAAAUGACAAAGCAGUUGCUUACAAUUAUUAAAGUGCUGUGUAUGUACAAAGUCUGAACAGUGACAGAACAAAGGACAAAGUAUUUUUUUUAAAGUAGCAGGAAGGCAAGCGCGCCGAUAGACACACGGAAAGAAAGACAAAUAUAAGCAAAUAAAGAUAAUUACUAGGAAGUCAAUCAACUGCACAGUGAAACCUCUGAUCUUGUGCACAUCUAAUACAAGACUGUGCUUUCUCUCACCUUUUUCUCCUUAGGGAGCAAGAAAUAACAAAGAUUUAAGAAAUUUUUUUUAAAUUUUCUUUUUAAUGUAGAGUAAUUUAAUGAGCACCGAUAGGUAGAAUAAUAACAAUAAUAUAUAAGAUAAUAUGCUAGGCUAGAAAUAUUUCAAAGAGCAAGCCAGUAUUUUGGAAAUCGCUCGUCUUUAUUCAGUUUAGGUGAUGAUCAAAGUAGUGACAGACUAAGAUAACAGGACAUCACUUCGGUUAAAAAUCGAAGCUGACACAGUUUGUUGUAAAAUGGAAGAAACAUCCUUGUCUCUCAUCGUUGAGGCCUCACUCCGUGUUCAAACUCUUUAGGAUCACUGAUUGAUCUUUUGGUUCUGUUGACCACACUCAUGGAAAUAUUUCAGCAGGUCGCAUCUUCCACAUUCUCCAUAAGCAAACGCUUACAGACAAGCAAAUAAACACACUAAUUAAAAAGAAAAAACAGAAAAAAAGCAAACGAGAAUCCUCCAGACUGGGCAUUCUGUGAUGUUGUAUGCUGCUGUGCGAUGUUGUCUCCCUUCAUCAGACUCCACCAGACGUUAUCUCCCCUACCCCACUUCUUUCCUAUGCUCUUAUAUCUUCUCACAAUUGUUUGGCUCCUGUCAGGCCUUAUUUCCCAUCAUGCACUGGGAAUAAUUAACUCUAAUGGUGAAUGUUAGUCGGUGGGUUCACCCGGUGGUAAUUGUGUUCGCAGUAAGUUCAAGCGUGUUUCAGAGGUCAGGCUGGCCCAGGAAAGCUAUUGUUUCUGGCUCGGAGAUAAUUCCCUUGAUCCCUCAACUCUAUUAAAAAGAGAAAGCUUUUGCAGUGCUCAUGCAUGGUUUACUGGUCAAUCUGUAGCUCUUCCUUUUGCUCGAAAGCAUGAUGACAUUUUCACUCACAUUUCAACACUCACAGAUGUACGUGCGUGCGAGGUCUGCAUGACUCACUACUCACUCACCUUGACUCUCAUAGCUGUCAGUGGCUUGAACAAAGGGCUCACUGCAAUCUUCCCAUUCUCCUGAUAUACAAUAAACAAGGGAUUCCUGUCAGUGAUAUCUGUAAGGAAAGCAUUGUUGUUGCCAAGACGCCUUGUCAAUGUUGGAAGCUUACGCAAUGAUUAGAGACAACUACUAUAUCGCUAUGCCUCUGAAUCCGUGUGAGUUUGUCUGCAUAUCUGUCUUUAUCUAUUAUUAUAUCAUUAUCAUGAACAGCACAUAGAGAGUGGGAGAAAGAGAUAGAGAGAAUGUGUGUACCUCAUCUUUUAUUGGUUGUUGUCCAUUUGGAAGAUUAAAGCAAAGAGAGUAUCAAACUUUGUUAAAUGUACUUUGUUGUCUGGGUUCGCGCAGACCAGCAGUUAGACAAGGCUAAUGCCUCCUUAAUCAUUUCAUACCUCACAUAUUUUGAAUUCAUUUUAAAGUAAACAGAAUGUAUUGCUUCUCACUUUGUAUAUGAAAUUUGUAAUCUAAGGAAACAAUAAGAGUUUAGUAUUCCUGACAUUCUUAAAAUGAACAGUUGUAAUGGUAACAUUAAAAUAAUAUGUAUUGUUAUUAUGUCAAUACUUAUGUCAUCAUCUCUUUGUAUUACAGUUUUGUACUGUACAACCAAACAUAUUUCUAAGAGGCAAACUGAGAAUGGCAUAACCUAUAGCGCAUAGUUAAAUUGUUUACGCAAUGAAUUUGCAAAAGUUUAUUUUUAUGUUGCAUGUUCUGCAUUCCUUAAAAGUAAAUAAAAGCAUUUACUUAAUCCUCCAUCGCUAAGCAGGAU